CGCGCCGACACGUCGACGCGCGCAGUAGCUCCGAGGAAGCGGACGGUGGUGGUCGUUGUGUCUCUCUCUCUCCCUUCUCUUCCUCGUUCCCUCUCUUGGAGGUUAACCGCCCGACAGCCGGACGCCACUUGGAGAAACGCGUCAGUCCGUUCAUCGAGAGGCGCGCGCGCGAAGGUCACGAUGACAGAAGGGACUCGCAAGGAGGUUCGCGUUUGGUGCGACGGCUGCUACGAUAUGGUGCACUUCGGACACGCCAAUUCCCUGAGACAAGCCAAGGCCCUGGGGGAUUAUUUGGUGGUGGGUGUCCACAAGGAUGAAGAAAUCGCGAAGCACAAAGGACCUCCGGUCUUCACCGAGCAAGAAAGGUAUAAAAUGGUCCGCGGCAUCAAGUGGGUGGAUGAAGUGGUCGAAGCUGCUCCUUACGUGACCACAUUGGAGACACUAGACAAGUACAACUGUGAUUUCUGUGUUCACGGCGACGAUAUCACUACCACAGCGGACGGUGUGGACACGUAUCACUUAGUCAAGGCAGCCGGUCGUUACAGAGAAGUUCAACGCACAGCCGGCGUCUCAACGACCGAUCUCGUAGGUCGCAUGCUUCUAAUGACGCGGCAGCACUUCCGACAAGGUGACAGUGAAUACAGCGUCGAUAGAGAGCCGAGCAAGCGCAUGGGUCAGGACCGAACCGCGCGAAACCCUUGGACCGGCUGCUCACAAUUCUUGCCGACCACGCAGAAAAUUAUACAGUUCAGCGACGGUAAGGCGCCGCAGCCCGGUGACAAGAUCGUGUACGUGGCGGGGGCGUUCGACCUUUUCCACGUGGGGCACUUGGACUUCCUGGAAGUCGCUAAGAAGGAGGGCGACUACCUUAUAGUUGGCCUGCACACGGAUCCCGCCGUUAACCGAUACAAGUGCGGCAAUCAUCCCAUUAUGAACCUGCACGAACGGGUUCUCAGUGUGUUGGCGUGUAAGUACGUAAAUGAAGUUGUAAUCGGCGCACCGUACGAAGUGACAAGAAAUCUGAUGGAACAUUUUAAUGUCUCCGUUGUGUGUCACGGACAAACGCCUAUAAUGCCCUGCGAGGAUGGCUCGGAUCCAUACGCAGAGCCUAAGCGUCAAAAUAAGUUUAAGUUGUUAGAUAGUGGUAACGACAUGACGACCGAAAAAAUUGUCGAAAGGAUCAUUCUGCACAGCGUCUAAUUGCAGGUUGGAAUACGAGAAUAGAAAUAUAAGGAAGGAGAAAAAAGAGCUUGCCGCUUACGAAGCCCUCAUGAAGUCUAAGAAAAAUAACAGGACUGAAUAAUUAUUCGUUUCGCUUCUUCUCGUGACUGUUACAGCGUGUGCGCGUGCGUGUGUGUGUGUGUGUGUGUGUGUGUGUGUGUGUGUGUGUGUGUGUGUGUGUGUGUACAUGUGUACGCAUGUACACAAGUGUAGGUGUUACGUGUAUGACAUGAUUAAAUUUUAUAGUCAAUAUAUGUAAAUAUGAUAUCAUAUACUGAUACUUAAUUUAUUGUUUCGAAAUGCCUUACGUAGUUGAAAUCGGAUAUUACGCCGAGAUUAGCGGCGUGAUUAUCAUUAUUGAGUUCAAUUCGUUGCAACGCGUUGCAACGAGAAAAAAGGUGCACAACGACGACGACGACGACAACUGUACAGUCGGACGACAUUCUGUAUGCAAAGUGUCUCAGAACUAACGUCAUUCCUCCUAUCCACGGACUUGUACUGAUUUCCAAGUCGAUUUUUCCUCAAUAAACAGAUACAUCUUUAUUUAGGAAGUCGCAAUUGGAGAACAAUAUACGCCGCCUAGCUAUUUAUUUGUAACAAAUUUCAACUAGAGACCGUGGCCAGGUGUUCAAUGUUGAAAAUUCCAUUUCUCCGAUCGAGUCCUCAGACGAUAGUCCUAGGACAUUCUACAUCGCAUUUCUCGAUAUAUCUCUUAAGGAUAACAUCAAGAUGAAAGAUACAUCGCAAUAUUUCGCAAAGUUUUUGGAUGUAGAUACGCUUAGUAAUUAUCGUACUGUCACACGAUGUGAACAUUGUGAUGCCGUUGCUUAAUGCAAGUUAUACUGAGAUUAACCGUAAGUGAUCAUAAGUGAUCACACAAGAUGCGCCGUAGGAGACGAAAUAUCAAAUAUCCCUAAACUCGAAUUGCUGAAUUUCGGCCAUCCUCACGCUUGCACGUUAUUCUCAUUUAGAAUUCGCUUUAAUAUUCUUAUCACUUCGCUCCGUCGUUGUAUUCUUUCUUACGCUUUCGACUACACGUGUGUGCGCAAGUUGUUCAUUAUCUAACUCGAUCAGUGAUAGAAACGAAUGUGAGUAUAGCUUGAGUUGUAUUGACGUUAGGUCUUCAGGGAUUAACGCUGUCAUGCAAUACGAAAUGUAGGCUUUUCCACAAUUAACGGACACUUUGUAUCCUGAUAUUAGUUAAAAGUAUAUCUAAACGGAAUUGUAUUUGAAUAUUCUCCACGUGAUUCUCCGUUGAAUAAUUCGGAGAUUUAUUGGGAGUUAAUUUAUUCGGAGAUAUCGUUGAGGGAUACACUCGACUCGGUCUAACUAAUCGGAAGUUCCUGAGCAUUUACGUACGCUCAUCGCGUGUCUUUCAGUGAUGCAUUUUGAUCGUCACUGAUGCCUGCAGUGUUUAUGGCCAAAUUCUGCGAGUUCGCAAGAAGUCUUAGACCGGUUAGAUUAGACGAUUAACGUUACGACAAGCACGCUUGUCGAAAGAGUUACAACGUGUAACUUAGAUAUUAGGUUUUUUAAUGCAGGAUUAAAUGCAGGAUAUUGUACAACCGCCGUAUUAAAAUAUUAUAAGAAAAUGUCAACGGAGCCAAAGAUUCGCUAGAUUUAAGGAGCCCAUCAUAGAUUGAAUGAGCUCAAGUUAUCGCCUGUCUUCAAAUUUUAGCUGUCUGUAUCCGGAGGACGAGGAAAUUGUGCAAUCUUUUACUUUAUUCGCAAACUUCGUUGUACAAUGCAGACAAGACGAGAAAACAUCCGAGGUAAUUCUCGAAUCGUUCGCCUCGAUUAAAAUUUGACGUCAUUAAUUGUCAUGAGUUUUCUAUCUGUAUCUUGUUAAAUAGUAAAAAAAUCGCCACAUCGUCCGUUGAUUUUCCGUCACGAGGAAAUCUUACGACGUAACUCGACGAGUAAUUGUAGCCGACCAUUCGUUGAGCUUGAUAGACAUCACACAACAACAAGUUCCUCCGUGCAUGACACAACGACAAAUGAAGUAUAUGACGCAGGAAGAAAAUUGUACAGUUUGUGAUUUUCUACAAGAGAGAAAGAGAGAGAGAGAGAGAGAGAGAGAGAGAGAGAGAGAGAGAGAGAGAGAGAGAGAGAGAGAGAGAGAGAGAGAGAGAGAGUUGACUCUGAAACGAAUUGUAACGCGCAGAGAGAAAAUUCUGUUUUGUCUUUUAUUUUAUAAUAAAUAAUCAUUGUACACGUUCGUUCUACA